AUGGCCACUAGAGUGAACCUCACGCCAGCUCAGAAACACUCAUCGUCUUCUGGAAACACUCAUCACUAUGCCCUGAAACAGGUCGUAGGGAAGGGGGCGUAUGGCAUUGUCUACAGAGCCGUCAACAGACAAACCGGCAAACAAGUGGCUAUCAAGGUAAUUGAGUAUGACGAAGAAGAAGAAUUGAACGAGCAUAUGCUGGAAAUCGACCUUUUGAAGAACCUUAAACACGAAAAUAUCGUCAAGUACCACGGAUUCAUCCAGAAAUCGCACCAGCUGUUCAUCUUGCUGGAAUAUUGCAGCCAAGGUUCCCUCAGAGACUUGAUCAAGAGGGGUCCUGUGGACGAAAAUGAGUGCAGAGCGUACAUCAAACAGACUCUACAUGGACUGCGAUAUCUGCACGAGCAGGGUGUGAUCCACCGCGACAUCAAGGCUGCAAAUCUGCUGCUGGACGGCCACAAUGUAGUCAAACUCGCUGAUUUCGGUGUUUCCACCAGGGUCAAUAGCUUGGCCAUGACAUAUGCCGGAUCUCCAAAUUGGAUGGCGCCAGAAGUUAUGAUGGGCCAGGGUGCGACGACUGUUAGCGAUAUCUGGUCCCUUGGCGCCACUGUUGUCGAGAUCUUGACUGGUAAUCCUCCAUUCCACAAUCUCGUCAACGAGGCAGCAUGUUACGCAAUAGUUCACGAUGUCUACCUGCCGCCCAAAUCGCUGUCCUCAACGUGCCGGAAGUUCAUGCGCGCAUGUUUCCAAAAGAUUGUCUUUCAAAGGCCUACUGCCCAGGAUCUCUUAAAGUAUGAUUGGAUAACCGAGCCCCAUAAACCCUCGCUCGAGCGGUUCAGAGAAGGCGAAGAAUCCUCAGAAGACUGGCGCCACGAUUUUAUCGAGGUUGAGGUUUCUCCUUUCAAGGAAAAUGAUGUGGCCGACGCCCAACAGAAUCUCAAUCGCUUGAGACAACCAGGUGGGCAUUUCAAUCCGUACCUGAUAUUCAACGAAUGCGACGUUUAUAGCAUUGCCACCUGCCUGAUCGAUUUGUGCCAGCGGGGGCAGCUGAAGACAGUGGAAGAGAUGAUGACCUAUGAUUCUCAAUAUAAGGGAGGCGAGUGCAAGAAUAUGUUCAUCACAUUGGGAGGUAUUCCAGCGUUACUGAGUAAUAUUGGGCUGGCAGAGGCCGUGUUAAGUCAAUUUUUCAUUGAAGACGUCAAAGAGUUGAUUAAAUGCGGUAUACUUCCAUACUGUGGAUCCAUCGCAAACGUUCAUUUGGUACUUGCAGUUGUUGCGGCUUAUGGUGCGAUUGUAGAUUUUGAAACGUGGUGCCAGUGGUGCUGCAAAUUGCCCAACAUAGAAGACGUUAUCGUCAAAGGGCUUGAGGCAGACGAUCGAUUGGCUCACGAUACGUUGCUCAGCCUGUCUGAUGCCAAUUUUCCGAUGAAGGAGAGUCUUAUAGCUAGACUAAUGACCCUGCCUCUGACAUUGAACAAAAGACUUACUUAUACAGUGUUCAAAAGUCUUAAUAGUUUCUUGGAGAGAAAAAGCGUUGGAAGCAUAGACCCGGAUUACGCAGAAACUGAGUCUUCAACACUAGAGCCGCAAGUGACCUUUUCAAGUCCCCGGUUUGCGAACCUAAGUGCUUACUCGGAAAGACGAUUACUACCAGAAGGUUUUAUCGACUGGUUACUCAAGUUCACGCCAAAUGCGUCUGAAGAUCAGCAUCUGGUAAAGAACUUCAUUGAACUUUGCUUCAAUGCAGGUCAUCUCGAUCGUGUCGUACUUGGGGAGAUUGUUGAACAUGGCGGGUUUCUGCAACUAACGCAAAAUCUCAUACAAAGGUUUGUCGGGGACUCUCGCACGAGGUACAAGAAGUCAAUGCUUUCAAUAGCAUUAAACCUCUGUGUCGAGCUUUCUCAAGAAGUGAACGUGACUUACUUACCUACCGCAGUUGAUGUUGCAUUAGGAUUUCUUGGCAUUCCAGAUUUCAUUACAGGCGGAACCGAAAUAUUAAUGCAUUGUUUUCUCUUCGCAAUGCACGAGAAUUGUGCAAUCACUGAAGAUUCGCUAAACAUUCUUAUCAAUUGCCGCACAGAAACGGUCACUAUUCCACGCGUCACUCUUUUACGAACGUUUUAUUCGGAGGAGCCCAAAUUUGGGAACUACAUCACUAAGUUUUCGAGAUUAUGUUCGCUGCCUCCCUGCAAGUCUCUCGCCUUCGAUAUUGUCUCGCAUCCGCACUUCAUGAGAAAAACGAAAGCCCUGUUCGACGUCUAUCGCAGCAGUUUGAUAAUCCAAAUCGAUUUCCUGAAAUUUCUAAAGCUGAUACUUACACGAUACACAGAAUUUGCCCCCAGGUCAGUGAGAAAAGACAUCCCUACAAACCUUCUAAUAUCCACUGCUAUGCAGACAAAUUUUGUUGUCGGAGAUUGCCAAGUGCUCUCUGAUGUCAUCGAAUUUUUACUUUCAAACUGGCGACCAGAUAAUCUUCGUCCAAAUCAGGUUGGCGGAGACUCCGUGCUUAUAAAACAACUUUGUCGCGAUAUCGAACUUUUGAAAAAUACCACACACUCUAACGAUACCAAGCGGCUAGAAAGAAAUGGGCUCUCGAUACCAGCGCCGGUUCCAAGCUUUCCAUGA